CAGACCAUGCCAGUUACUAACUGCAGCUCGUCAUGCAUAAACUCUCCUUCAAUUUGUAGUACAACUACAGUGUUAAAAUUUUAUGAUACAACUACAACACCAUACUAUUACUAUACUUCAUUGAUAUACUUGCCCUGGCAGGGCAAAACUACUACAGUCAGUACUGCUACUCCAUCAGUUUCAGUAACUCCAUCAAUCAGUGAUUCAUCAGAUAGUGUUAUUGUUCUUGGUGUGUCAGUAGGUGUAUUGUUGAUUCUACUAACUGUCAGUGUUAUUAUUAAUAUCUGCUGCUACUUUAUAAGAAUGAAAAGUUCUUUGACAACCAAACAAACAAAAUCUGAUGAUGAUAUUGCAAUGCAAGUAUGUGAACCAUAUGAACUUGAUAAGCCUGAACUAAGUGAAGAUAAUCAAGUAAUAUACGAGGAAAUUUAAAGUGUUGCUUGAUACAAGUCUGUCAUUUCAAAUAAAACAUUGAUUAAUGUUUGAACAAAAUGUUAGCUUAAUAA